AUGGACGAUAAUUUAGGAUUUGAUUUUCCAAUACCACUGAAACCAGAAGACGACAACCCCGAAACUGGACCCAAUUCUGGAAGCUACCCAGUCGCCGAUGGGGAAGCGGGGAGCGACCGCGGAGGAGGGGGCGGAGGCGGAGGCGGAGGGGGGGGAUGGCAAGGGGAAGACGUCGAAUGGCAAGGCGGUCCGAUGUCGGACUUCCAGGGCCUUCCGGCUCGGGUAGAGCCCGAGCCUACUGACGUGGAAGGCAUGAAUGUGCCAAUGCCGGAUGUGACUCUACGAGACGAGCUCUCCGAGUCGCUGAUGCCGCUCAAAUGGGUGUUGUUUCCGGAAGCCGACCCGGUACAGCAGUUUCGCGAUAAGACGUGGAAGGAGAAGAUUUGGAUAUUCCUAGUGGGAGUGUUUCCGAUUCUGUCAUGGCUGCCGAAAUACGAUCUACGGUUCUAUCUGCUCGGCGACAUCAUCGGAGGGCUCUCCGUCGCCAUUAUGUCCGUGCCGCAGGACGUGUCGUACGCCAAGUACGCCAACGCGCCCAAGGAGUUCGCUCUCUACACGAGUUUCCUGCCGCCGCUGAUGUACGCGAUACUGGGUUCAUCGAAGCACAUGGUGAUAGGGCCGGUGUCGGUGGUGUCGCAGCUGCUGGGCGAGCAGCUGAGCGCGCAGGUGGACCCCGCCAAGGAGCCCAACCUGUACAACUCGCUGCUCACCACCACCACCUUCCUCUGCGGCCUCUUCCAACUCGCCAUGGGGCUGCUCAGAAUGGGCUUUCUGGUCGAUCUACUGAGCCAGCCCACCAUCACGGGGUUCCUGGCGGGGUGCUCGCUGACCAUAGCGCUGCAGCAGCUGAAGCCCAUUCUGGGGUACAGUGACUUCACGCUCAGCACCAGCGUUGUCAACAUCUUCAAGGCCGUCGCCCAGUACUCCGACCAGGUGGGUGCUGUGCGGUGCUGCUAG